CGUCUCCGGGAAGCUGAAUCCGCGCGUCCGGAUCAUGCUUUGAACCUUAUGCGAGACCGAGAGAGAACCCCCGGCGGAGAAAGAAAGGCUGCAGAGGGCGAACAGAAAGUUUUGAAUGGGAUUAUGUGGACACUACUGCCCUGCUCUUCCCUGGUGCCCGAGCAGGCUCCGUGUCGUUGGUGCUGCGGCGGCUGCUUUCUCCUCGGCGGUGCAGCCUUCGCGGGCUGGUGGAGGUGGUGAGAAGGGGGAGGACUGCUCGGGAAAGGCUUGAUCUCUCUGCCAGUGCUGGGCGUCUGUUGUGCGUGUGCGUGAGAGGGAGCUUCAACCCCAGCCUACCAAAUGCUCCUCUACGGGUUCUUCUUGCUGACAUCUGCCCUGGUCGGCCAGAGACAGGGAGCCCACGCCGAAUCAAACUUGAGCAGCAAGUUGCAGUUCUCCAGCGCCAAGGAGCAGAACGGAGUACAAGAGCCACAGCAUGAGAAGGUUAUUACGGUGUCUGCUAAUGGAAGUAUUCACAGUCCAAAGUUCCCAUAUACUUAUCCUCGCAACACAGUACUGGUGUGGCGAUUAGUAGCAGUUGAGGAGAAUGUGUUGAUACAGCUCACUUUUGAUGAAAGAUUUGGGCUUGAGGACCCAGAAGAUGAUAUAUGCAAGUAUGACUUUGUAGAAAUAGAAGAGCCCACUGAUGGCACUAUUUUGGGGCGAUGGUGUGGUUCAACUUCUAUCCCAGGCAAACAGAUUUCCAAAGGAAACCAGAUCAGGAUAAGAUUUGUUUCUGAUGAAUAUCUUCCUUCUGAACCUGGAUUUUGUAUCCAUUAUACUAUUUUCACACCACACCACACAGAAUCUGCCAGCCCAACAGUGUUACCACCCUCAUCUUUACCAUUAGAAUUGCUCAACAAUGCUGUUGCUGGAUUUAGUACUGUGGAGGAACUUAUCAGGUACCUUGAGCCGGAUAGAUGGCAAUUAGAUUUGGAAGACCUGUACAGGCCAACUUGGCAGCUCCUGGGAAAAGCAUACAUUCAUGGAAGAAAAUCUAAAGUUGUAGAUCUGAAUCUUCUAAAGGAGGAAGUUCGGAUGUAUAGCUGCACUCCACGCAACUACUCAGUAUCACUGCGGGAGGAAUUAAAGAGAACUGACACCAUCUUUUGGCCACUUUGUCUGCUGGUUAAACGUUGUGGUGGAAACUGUGCUUGCUGCCAGCGUUCCUGUAGCGAGUGCCAGUGUGUCCCCACCAAGAUCACCAAAAAAUACCAUGAGGUCCUGCAACUGAAGCCCAGGAGUGGUGUAAGAGGAUUGCAUAAAUCUCUGACAGAUGUACUGUUGGACCAUCAUGAGGAGUGUGACUGUGUGUGUAAAGGGAAUACAGAAGGAUAAAAGAUGUGCUUCUUUCUUUUACAGCACAUUCAAACCAUGUCUGAUUCUGUUCUGGGGCUUGUGCAUUAAUCUUCUGUAAUCUCAGUUGCUUGUUUUGAGAAUCUUCAGUCUUCAAGAUUGACAUUUCUGGGAGGGGGGAAGAGAAGAAAUCAAACUGGGAUUAUAAUUGCAAUGCAACAGCACUGUUACCUGAAGUCCCCCACUAUAAGGAUGAGCAGAAGGCAUCGAUGAGGGAUAUUCUUUUUCUCCAAGUAUAUAGAAAUAUAUAAUAUCAUCUCUCUCACUCACCUUGAAUUUUAAAGAUUAAAGUUUAGGAGUAUGGAAAAGACAAUGCUCAAAUGAAUCCUGGACUCUUCUGGUGGUCUUGCUUCUACUGGUCUGUUACUUCUAGGUUACAGUUCAGAACAUCUGGAAUUUCUCACUUAACUCAACUUGGCAACUCCUGUAUAUUCUAAAUCAAAGUGUUAAUUCUCUUACAGACUGCCUUAUUCUGAGUUAAAGUUAAUUUUUCACUGAUACAAGUAGAAAAAACUGGACACUUUUCCGUGGUUUCUUCUAGUAAUGUUCUUGUUGUUUAGCAAAGCUGAAUCGCUGGUAUAUGUGAGCAAAAAGGAAGAGAUUGAAACCCAUGGAGUGCCUUUAUUCUUCUCACUAUGGCCUGCAAAUAUUUCUGUUUGUUUAUAUUUUUAUUGUGUACAUUUUUAUACUCAGUCUUUGACAGCAUAACUAUUUGCUUUUCUAAUCUUGUUAAAUAUAUCUAUUUUUUACCAAA